AUGGAAGUAUUUUCAUAUCUUUUAAUCAUCUGCAGCAUCGCAGGAACACUACCCAAGUUGAGCUUCGCAUCUCCUGACUCAAGGAUACUAUAUGGGACCCCUGUGGACACCCUAAAACGAUUCCCUCAUCAAGUAACCAUCACCAGAGAAGUCUACGGCCGAACACAAUACUGCGGAGGAUCAAUAAUAUCUAAUGAAUGGAUCGUCACUGCAUUGAAUUGUGUGUCAAAUGCAAAUUUCACGGUACAAUUCCUCCUGAAUCACCUCCAAGGAACUCGGAAAUCUUUUGGUAUCUCAUUGGAUAGUUCAGCUGUUGUACCAUACCCAACGGGCUACGACAACAUCGCUCUCAUCAAGCUUCCAGUAACUCUCAAAUUUUCACAACUCCUGGCUCCUAUCAGAUAUAACAAAAUAGAUGAAGACUACGUUAGCAAUAGUUUAGUAGUGAUGCCCGGCUUUUCUCUAAAUGAGACCAGCGUUUUGACCUAUGGAAUGUUUAAGCUGCUCUCGCCGCGUCAAUGUCUGGCAACGUACGGCGAAAAAUAUGACAAAUAUCUACAAAUCUGCACUGUUGGUUGGGGUAACAGUAAACAGAUGCCAUGCGAAGGUAACGAGGGUGGUGGACUUGUAUCAGGAUGGCCACAAAAUCCAAGCCUAAUCGGAAUCUUCACUGAACCCACCUUUUGUAAAGAAGUGAUUCCCGCCGUAUAUCUGAAAUUAUCAGCAUAUGAAUCAUGGAUUGACCAGACCAUUUCCAACGUAUUUGGUCAGUCCGAGACCGGGUCGGGGUCUGACUCUGAGCCUGAGCCCUAA